UAAAAAAAUUUGUAUUUUUGGUAUACGAUGGUUCACUGUCAAUCAGAAAAACAACCAACAUCAUCGCUUUCUACAAAGCAAUACCAUUGGAUGAUCUGCGUGUUCAAAUGUUGAACGGAACGGACCAGAAAGAAGAAGUACAACAAGAUAAUAUUCUCCCUACCAACUCGUCAUUGGUAUUCCAGCAAUUUCCUAUUUUCUGCCUGGUGAAUGGCUUUCCUUCCUCCCUGCUUUACACCCCGCUCUGGGUAUGACGUCACUCGGCGCUUGCCCAAUGUCGUUUUCUGCACAAGUGCAACGAUUGUCAAUGUCUUCCAUCGUUCUAGAUGUUCCAAGUGCCUUCUCACAUAG